AUGAUUCGCAGCCAGCCUCCAGCCGGCAUGGUCGAAGUCGAGCUUCGUGCACCACCACCAGUCAUGACCAGGGGCGGCUCCAAGCAGCGUCCACUUCCCUACGGCAUUGCCCAUGGCUGGCAAGCCCCAGCCUUCCACAAACUAGACCACGCCGACGGCUCCAAGCAACGCAACCUUGUGAACCACCAACAAACCGCCGUCCCCGGCAAGAAGCGAGGCCAGCAAAUCAUGGCCGAUGACAGCGGGUCUUCCGACGAGGACGAGCAGCUACCAAGCGACACCACACCGACGCGCCCCACCGCGUCCACUGUCUCGCUCACUGCCACACCGUCCACACCGUCCCUCGGUUCGUAUACCGUGUCGACCGCGUCGCCCUCCCUCGGGCCCCGUUCCCCUUCUUUCUGCUCCUCUGUCGAGUUGGCAUCCCAGUCGAAGGCGGCAGCUAAGAGUGCCAAACGCCGGGCACGCAAAGAGUUGAACAAGGACAAGCGCCGAGCCGAGGCCGCGGCCGCCAACACCAAACUUGCGUCCAACAAGCAACACCCUCCAGCCCAGCCAUGGGAGACGGCUCUCGACAAUCUGGUUUGCCCACCAUCUACCUCUCGCGCGUCCCGUGCGUCCUGGGAGAGCGUCCAUGCGUUCAAGGUGCCGCAAGAUCGCCAGUUGUUGCUAGAGAGCUCGAGCCCCGUGCCCGCCCUCGCGUUUGACGCGACCCACAACGUCGCCUCCGCCAUUGUCGAGCGUCUCGUCGCCGCAUAUGGCGGAUGGAGCAUUACCUUUUCCGACCCGGCUUACCGCAUGUUCAUCACCGUGGACAAGGCUGCCGCCAUGUCGUUCAAGGUCGUGGGCGGAAUGCUCAACCCCGUCGCCGUCGUGUUUGGUGACCCCGUCUGCCACCCGGACCGCCUCGAGAGUGCCAUCCACGAGUUCCGCGCCUUUUGCCGUGCCAACGGAUGGCGGUCUGCGUUUGUCGGUGUCCGCGAGCACGUUGUCAAGUUUGCCGACAAGAAGCGCUGGACUAGCGUCGAGUUUGCAGUGGAACAAGUGGUCGACCCAGUCACAAACGACAUUCUCAAUGGAGCCGCGGGCGGAUCCACAGGCAAGCGCAUGAUGCUCGUUGCCAAAAAGCUGGCAAAGGACAAUGUCCUCCGCAUGUACAACCCAGCCGAUGGCGUCGACCCCGUUCUCCAAGCCUUCCUCCAGGGCGUCUACGACCGCUGCUAUGCUUCCAAGGAGGCCGCAAAGGGCGAUACGUCGGCCUACUCUACAAAACUGCACCUCUUCGACCUCCCGCACCUCAUGACCUACUUUUACACUGUCGGCGACGAUGGUCUCCCCAACGGCAUGGCUGGGCUCAUGCAAGUGGGACCGGGCCAGUACCUCCUCGACCCCGUUGUGGCCGCUCCGGGGGCACCACCAGGAACCUCUGACUUUCUCACUCUGGCUGCCAUGGGCUACCUCCGCCGCAUGGGUGUGCGCCACAUGUCGUUUGGCCUAGAACCUCUGCGCGAGGUUGGCGAGAUUCGCAACAUUCGCAACACGUUUGUCGCCGACACGCGCCUGAUCAAUGCGGCCAGCUACGACGCGUUUGGGUUUGCCGGCAAAAAAAUCCUGCACGACAAGUUCCACCCGGAUCCCGAGCGCAAAAUCCGCACCUUCCUCAUCCUCGGCUCGCGCAACCCCUUGACACAGGCAGACGGCGCCGUCGCCAUCUGUCGCGCCACACACCUCAAGGCGUCCCCCGUUCUACGUCGCCUCAUCUGGCUCCUCCAGGCCGCCCAGGUCGGCAGGACAAUGGAGGGCAUGCUCUCCCGGCUCGUCAACAAGGGCGACUUGCGCAAGUCAGAGUCUUCUCCCGACGCUCCAUCACCGCCAUCCACAUCUCCUGCGCAAUUGCCGCAGGUGGUCGUUACAACAGAACCUCAAGAGCAGGCUAGACCAAUUCCACACCGCUAA